CUCGGGCCUCCUUUUUUUUCGGUCUUAAUUUUCUAACUUACAAACUGCUCCUUCUCCUAUUUACAAAUCAUGUUCCGACCCAUAUUCUACUGACAUCUUCAAGUUUCUCCCAAUCUUUACUGAAUUCUGUGAUUCAAUUUCCAGGUUCUCUUCACCUAAUUGAUUUCCCGUACAGUGAAUUUCAUCACAAAUUCUUACAUGAUCCGUGAAAUGACAUGAGUUUCCUCAAAGGCAUCAUUGAUUCUCUAGGAUCAAUUUUCCCAAACGAUAAUUCGCCCUAUGAAUCUGGACAAAACCCUAGCUCUUCCACAAUGGAUACUGGAGCAGGAACUUUAGUCACAAACGAAAGAACAGCAUACAAGCUUAAAGGAUACUUCGAUUUAGCUAAAGAAGAGAUUGACAAAGCGGUUAGGGCUGACGAAUGGGGUUUGGUUGACGAUGCUAUUAUUCAUUACAACAACGCCCAACGAAUUUUAAACGAAGCUAUUUCGACUCCUGUUCCAUCUUAUAUCAGCUCUAGUGAAGUAGAGAAGGUGAAAUCUUAUCGGCAAAAGAUAUUGAAAUGGCAGAGUCAAGUGUCUGAUAGAUUACAGACUUUGGGUCAGCGCACAGGCGGCACAUCAAUGAACAAGAGCACCAUCCCUCGUGCCCAAACUGCUGCAGUUUCAUCAACAUCAAAUUACAGAAAAAAAGUGUCACAAAAUCCUCUACAUUUGAAUAAAAACAAUCCAGUUGCAAGGAAUCAGACUGACAAAGCUGUAAACUCUAAACCUCUGCAGGAAUCUGGUAGCAGAUAUGAAUCAAAUUUGGUUGAAAUGAUAAAUACAGCAAUAGUGGAUAAAAGUCCUUCUGUGAAGUGGGAAGAUGUUGCUGGCCUUGAGAAAGCUAAGCAAACUUUAAUGGAAAUGGUUAUUCUGCCAACCAAAAGAAGAGAUUUGUUCACUGGCCUUCGGAAGCCAGCAAGAGGUUUGCUUCUCUUUGGUCCACCGGGAAAUGGGAAGACCAUGCUUGCCAAAGUAGUGGCAUCAGAGUCACAGGCAACGUUUUUCAAUGUUUCUGCAUCUUCAUUAACAUCAAAAUGGGUGGGCGAGGCUGAGAAGCUUGUCCGGACACUGUUCAUGGUUGCUAUAUCAAGACAGCCGUCUGUAAUUUUCAUUGAUGAAAUUGAUAGCAUAAUGUCAACAAGGUUAGCUAAUGAGAAUGAUGCAAGCAGAAGGUUGAAGUCUGAGUUUCUGAUACAGUUUGAUGGAGUUACAUCUAAUUCCAAUGAUUUAGUGAUUGUCAUGGGUGCUACUAAUAAGCCACAAGAAUUGGAUGAUGCAGUUCUUAGGAGAUUGGUGAAGAGAAUAUACAUACCUCUACCUGAUGAAAAUGUUAGGAGACUUCUUCUUAAACACAAACUGAAGGGCCAAGCAUUUUCCUUACCUGGUGGAGACCUACAAAGGCUUGUGAGGGACACAGAAGGAUACUCUGGAAGUGAUUUACAAGCAUUAUGUGAAGAAGCUGCAAUGAUGCCAAUUAGAGAGCUUGGUGCCAACAUUCUGACUGUCAAGGCAAAUCAGCUAAGACCUCUAAGAUAUGAAGACUUUAAGAAGGCAAUGGCUGUAAUUAGACCCAGUUUAAAUAAAAGCAAGUGGGAAGAACUUGAACAGUGGAAUCUGGAGUUUGGCUCUAAUUGAAUUCCAAAUCAUCUCUAAUAUGCCCUCACGAUUUAAGAACUUUCUGGAAUGUAAAUCCUUUAUUUUUAUCCCAUGUAUCAUCUCAUUGCUGUUAUAGAGGAUAUCAUAUGAUCGAGUUGUCUGUAGCUAGUACCAUGAAGUUGGUUUCAACAGUGGUUAGGUUAUAAUUUGGUAUGAUGUGAGAUAGAUACACUCGCCAAAGGAUAUUUAAAACCCAGUAAAAAAUUUUAUAAUUGUUAGGAUUCA